UGACACACGCAUACAUUAUUGAUGUUACAGGCGUGGCAGGCAUUGAUAGCCUACUGGCAACCCGACAGGUUUUGUCACUCUGUCAUCUAAAGGAAGUUUUGCUGAAGCGUAAUAUACUUCCUCGUACACAAAUAGUUGAGCAGAGUUGAGAUACCCGUAUUCCAGGCUGGUGUGGGUAGAUAUACUGCUGUGACAUCAUGGCGGACACUACACUUAUCUUCGUCUUGUGUGCCCUUGCACUUCUGAGCGCUGCCGCUGAAUCUAAUAAUGCGACAGAAAAGAUAAUGUUUAUCACAGACAGUGGUGCACGUUUAGAAGUCAACGGGAGCGUGUACCGAUGCACCCUGGAUGGCAGGUCCAGCUGCAGUGUUCUCCCGAUCCACACCCCCAACCCCAGAUGCCCUGUAUACGACCCGGUAGAGGACUACGUCUACUGGUCCGACUAUGCUCUCAUGUCUGUUUGUAGGGUCAAGUCUUCAGGAGAAGACUACGAAACGUGGGUGAACGUCUCCAGAGGUUUAUAUGGAAUGGCCCUUGAUCCCGAACUAAGGGCAAUCUUUGUGUUCGACCUUAAAGAUGAUGAUAAUAGCUCCUUGUGGAAGAUAAACAUGGACACAAAGAUCCUGACAAAGGUUCCGACUGAAAAUUCACUUGUAUGGGGAAUCGCUAUCGAUACUCGGAACAAGAAGUUGUUUCUAGCAUUUACCGCAAAAAUCACAAUGAUGAACUACGACGGGAGUGACUAUGUCACCCUACUAAACAAAAAGAAUGGCGACCAUUUUGGUAUGAUGUUUGACGUGGAAGGUCACAGAUUGUACUACGCCGACACUUCGGCGCGCACUUUGGGAUCCCUGGACUUGGAGACGAACGUUACCACUGUGUACCGUAACGACACUUUAUAUCUGUCUGUUCAUGAGUUCGAAGGUGCACUGUAUGCUGGGCCUUUUGGAGACAGCGGGGCAGUAGAUGUACUUCCUGGAGGCUGUGGGCCACGCUCCUAUGUGUACUUUAACACAUCCAUUCUUGGGGGCAUACGUGCUACUGUCUUCAGGAUAUAUGAUUGGAACCUUGUUGUCUGGGCGCUGGUGUCUGUAUGUGUCUUUCUGGGAUUGGUUGUGGUGGUUCUCGUGAUCCUCCUGGUCAGAUGUAGAAGAAUGGUGAUGACGGACAAGCAGAAGAAGACAGGCGUUACUGCUGGUGCCGUGAGAAACCCCACCUACCAGGAUGACACCGGAGAUGCAGGAGAUGAAAUAACAAGUGUGACCCAGCCGGAUCACGUGUACGAGAAGAUGCGCCGUGUGCUGCCCCCUGUGUAUGAGACGCUAAAUGCCUAAGGGGUCAUGAUAUUUGUGCCAUGCCCCUGUAUGAGACGCUGCACGUCUAGGGGGUCAUGGUAUUUGUGUCAUCCCCCUGUAUGAGACGCUGCAUGUCUAGAGGGUCAUGGUAUUUGUGUCAUCCCCCUGUAUGAGACGCUGCAUGUCUAGGGGGUCAUGGUAUUUGUGUCAUCCCCCUGUACGAGACGCUGCAUGUCUAGAGGGUCAUGGUAUUUGUGUCAUUCCCCCGUAUGAGACGCUGGAUGUCUAGGGGUCAUGGUAUUUGUGUCAUUCCCCUGUAUGAGACGCUACAUGUCUAGGGGGUCAUGGUAUUUGUGCCAUCCCCUUGUAUUAGACGCUGGAUGUCUAGGGGUCUAUGUUCCAUCCGCGGUGUGAGACGUUACAUCUAAAAGAGGUCAUAUUCAUUGAUAGUCUGUGUAUUGUCGGUCGGUAUGAGUCAUUACAAAUUAAGAGAUGAAUAGUUUUUUGGAAUAUAUGUAUUGUCGCCAUUCAAAUAUAUAUAUUAAACCGAUUUGAUUUGUUAAUAUAUUGUAACAUGUGUCAGUUGUUUGUCUUGCACAUAUAUUUUAAAAUAUUAUAGCUAUUUGGUAUACAAUUUACUUUGCUAUACUUUUAAACCAUUGCUUUGAACAUAUACCUUAAUAUGUAAUAAAGACAUUAGGGUUGAAUAUUUACCUUACUAUGUAAUCCAGCCAUUUGGUGUGAACAUUUACGUUUGGUUUGAACAUUUCUUUUGAUGUGUAAUGUAACCAUUUAGUUUGAACAUUAAUUUUGGUGCUUAUCAUAGUUCUUUAAUAAAUAGUGCAGCUAUUUGCGUUGAACAUUUACAUUCAUAUCUACAGGUAGGCUAUUCAGUUGAAACAUGUAUUUUGGUAUGGGAAUGUAUUUUUGUUGCUUAUAAUGUCACAUUAAUUAACGUUUAGUCAUUAUGGGUCACAAAAGUUUGAGGUGCUGAAUGUUGGUGUGACCUCCCAUCUUAAACUUGGACUAUGUAAUUUCACCUGAUGAGAGUGCGCUGAGGAGUUGCCUCCGUUUGUUUGUUUUGCUUCUGGUUGGAUUGUGGAAGCUGUGAGAAGAUCGUAGCGUUGCAUGUUUUUUGCUGGAAAAACUGUAUAAUUGUUAUGUAAGGAAUGGUUGUUGAGAUGUAUGGGGGACGACUUUGGAUUUACGAUCAUCUGUUAGCUAACAUCGACGUUUCAAGAGGCCUUUGCAUUGAACUUUACAUUGAACUUUCAACAGCUGU